CUGGUGGAGAGUUGUCUCAUUGGCAAUCAUAUCACAUCUUAUUUUUAUAGUAAUAAAUAUUACUGGUCAGUAGUUUAAGAAAAAAUUCUCUGUAGAUUGAAGCUGCAUGUGCUUAGAUUGAUCUCUUGCAUAAAAAUAAAAUAAAAUGUUUUCCUGCCUGCUUUCUCUUUGAAAUUUCUUACAUUAGGGGGAAUCAGCAUUCAAUUUCUGGGUACAGAUUUGUUUUAUACAGACGGACAACCACCAUUUCUAUAUUGCCCACACCACACGCAAGACAGGGGACAAAAAUACACUAGUUAUCAACCAUCAAAAAUCGGAAAUACUUCAAUACAUAUAAUGACUAAGUGUGUUAUUGACAUAUACAUAUAUAUAUGUAUAUUUCUACUUUUAGGGAUGCCUAAAAAAAAGCAAUACCUGCAGGAGUCUCUUGAUAAAGCUGUUGGUGCAGUGAAUUCUAACAAAAUGAGCAUUUCAAAAGCAGCUAAAGAAUAUGGGGUUCCGCGGACAACUAUAUCCGACCAUGUCAAUGGAAAAUACGACAACCAUUUGAAUGGGCCUUCAAAAAUGCUAACAGAUGAGGAAGAGACAUCCUUGAUCAACUAUGUCAAGUAUAUGUCUGAAAGGGGUUUCCCAUUGACGAGAAGGAUGUUGAAGGCAUUUGUUCUUUCAAUCGUGGAAAAAUCAGGCAGGAAAACACUAUUUAAUAUGGACAAAGGUCCGAGCAACAAAUGGAUCAACAAACUCCUGAACAGACACAGGGAACUGUCGGAAAAACUUCCUGAACAGCAGGACAAAGCCAGGAGGCGUAUGUCGAAUGUCACAGUUGUGGACCAGUAUUUUAAACUGCUUUCUGACACAGUUGAUAGUUUAGGUUUGACAAAUAAACCUAACCAAAUCUUUAAUUGUGAUGAAUCUGGGUUCAGUGGCAAAGAAAAAAGUAAAGAAAAAGUUUUAACACUAAAAGGUUCCCAUAGUUAUCAGCAAAAAGUGAUGGUGCAUGGUCACAUCACUGUACAUAUGUGCAUAGGUGCUGAUGGACAUGUCCUUCCAUCUUUUAUCAUUUUUGACGACUGCCUUCCACACAGGAACUUUAAAGAUGGUGUUCCAGAUACCUGGCUGUACGGCUCAUCUGAAUCAGGUUAUAUGGACACAGAGUUAUUUGAAAACUGGUUUGACAAAGUGUUCCUCCCAUUCUGUGGAACCAGAAGACCAGUGUUAUUAAUAUUUGACAACCAUGACUCACACAUUAGUAUCGACCUGAUUGAAAAGGCUAAGGCAAACAACAUCCACAUUAUUGGCUUACCACCACACACUACUCAUCUGCUUCAGCCCCUUGAUGUUGCCAUCUUUGGUCCCUUGAAAGAAAAGGUCAACCAAUUAGCUGUGACAGUGGGAAACCUGAACAAGUCUGCCACCAUAGGCAAAGCAAAGUUUCCUGCUUUAUUAAGCACUGCAAUUGACCAGACUUUAUCCUUAGCACGUGUGAAAGAGUCUUUUAGGAAAUCUGGAAUGUAUCCUGUAGACAGGUCCAUAAUUCCCAAUUCUCAACUAGCUCCAGCAGACUUUCAUAAAACUGAAAAGGGAAAUAAAGAGAUUACAGAUGUAGAUGUUACAAUUAUCACUAGUAAUGAGCACCAGGAAUCAACAAUUCUUUGUCACUGUUGUGGCAACACUUUAACAUACACAACAGAAACUGAGCUGAACAAAACAACAGAAAAUCCACUCGUUACAAAAAACUUAAUCCCAAAAAGUUUAGCUGAUGUGUUGUUACCCCCUGCAAAUCCAUCUCAGGCAAAAAAAACUUCUAGUAAAAUUGUAACAGAAGCAAGAGUCAUUACAGGGGAUGAAAUGCUACAGAAACUGCAGUAUAAGCAUGAUGAAGCAAAAAAGUUGGAAGAAGAGAAAGAAAAGAGGAAAACAGAAAGAGCGAGAAAGAAGGAAGAAGCUGAAGUUUUAAAGGAGGCAAAGAAGGAGGAAAGAGAAAGGAAGAAAAGAGACAGAGAAUUGAGAGACACUGAAAAAGAAGACGAAAGAGAGAGGAAGAGACAGAGGAAGGAAGAAAAAAGAAAUAAGCAAUCUAACCAACAAAUCACUGCUCAAGUCCACCAGUAUGCUACAUGUAGUAAUUCAUCUGUAGACAGUAGAAGAAGUAGCAGAGUGAAGACACCUUUAAUAAGGGAAGAGUUUUUACAAUUUGAUAGUGAUAUUGACAUUAUUGAGACAAUGGAAGAAUAGGGAAUAAAACAAAAAUCUAUCCAAAGACUCUUGUCAUACUGAAUUUGAAGAACUGUGCAAUUUGUUUUUAAAUAAUGUUUGAGAUCGCAAUUGCAUUUUAUUGAUUUAAAUUUCAUACUGUUCAUAACAAACUUAUUGCUGCAAUAUUGAUAAAAUUUUGAUAACACAAAUAUCUUCUGUAGGGGAUACAAUCAAUUUUUUCACUUCUAUAUUUCAUGUAAAUUUUAAGCUACAGAAAAUCAUAUUUUUUCCUAAUCUUUAAAUUCAACAUAUUGAUUAGAUUACCUUUAUU